CAUGCUCAGAGGUAUUCGUCAAUGCAAAAUAUGAGUAUGCAUGGUAGAACUGCAAUUUUGGUACCCUUUUGCAUGCAUCCUGCAGCUUUCGCUGUACAGACGCAGCACUUUGCUUGACGGAGCUACCGAAACUCUAUUUGCCUAAUAGGACGGCUCAAACGGCGGGAACACGCGCAUGACACUGACAUUGGGAUACCCGCGUCUGAGGUAUACUGAUUCGUCAUUCGAGAAUGCUUUGUCUAGCAUUAACCCUGAUGGCGGAGGCACUCUCCCGAAUAACCCUCCCCGAGCCCCCGCCGAUCUGACUACAGACUUGUAUCAAUCUCACCCGCAGACGAAGACAUGAACGAAGACCAAUGGGUGUCAUUCACCGUGUUGUGCGUCAGAACGAUGGGAGCCAGGAGUUCCCACCAGACUUUCUUGCGGAAACACGUCAACCGGAGAUGAUUAUUGGCAACAUUGCUGUCCAAUUGAUCGGUUCUCUGUUCUAUUUCGCAAGGGCGUACUCUCGAGCCGCCAUUACCAAAGCAUGGCGGGCGGAGGACUACGUUCUUACUCUAGCUUGGGUCUUCUGCACCGGGUACAGCGUCUGCCAGUAUGGUCAGAUCGACAAUGGUUUUGGACGCCAUGUCAUCGCCACAAUCAUGGAGAAUCCCCAGGCCCUGGUCACAUCGCAGAAGUACGCGUAUGCGGCACAGAUCAUACUCUCUCCGGCACUUGCGCUCUCGAAAAUGAGCAUUUGUCUCACAUACCUGCGCAUCUUCUACGUGGACAAGCAUAGCCGCUACAUGAUGCAAGCACUGUUGGUCCUUCUCGUACUUUUGACGUUCCCGUUCAUGUUUGCGAACGCCUUCCAAUGCCGUCCGAUUGAGGUGUACUGGACCGAGGGGCGCCCGGCCGGGAAAUGCAGUCGCGAUCUCUCAAGAUUCUUCCUAACUGGGUCCCUCAACAUCUUCGCCGACGUUGCGCUCAUAGGCAUUGUGCUGCCUCGUAUUCUCGAGUUACAGCUGCAUAAACGACAGAAGUGGGCCUUGACCGGCAUAGUGCUUCUUGGCUCGCUCUCUGUCGUCGCUGGCAUAGUCCGCACAGUGCGGCUGGGCACGUUGUUCUUAAUGCCGGAUUUCGAACCAAGCUGGGACUCGUACGAUGUGUCGAUCUGGACAUCAACCGAGAUCUAUGUCAGUCUUUUUUGCGCUUCGGCGCCAGGUGUGAAGCCUGUUGUGGUCAAGAUCUUACCCAAGAUACUUGGAUCAUCUUUCUCCAGAGGUCGCACGCGAGCGACAGGAGGCACAAGGCAAGGGGGUACUGUCAUCGAACUUGGCCUUGGAUCCAAAUGGAAGAGGACAACGAUCGGCAGCACACGCACGCACAACAGCCGGCUGAGUGAAGCAGCACUAGCGACUGCUGAUGGGUCAUAUACGGAAGUUGGAAGCGAUGUAGAUGCGCGCAGUCUGGCUGAAAGGAGCGAUAAGCCGACCAGCGAUGGCGGAAGCAGUCUGGGCGGCCACGUCCGCAAGACGAGCGAGAUAACGAUACACACUCGUGUCAUGUAGGAACAAUCCAAUUCCGUAACGUCCAAACCUGC